UAGGCGUGGCAAUUUUGCAAAUGAAUGAAAUGAUGGCAGCCCUGAUGCGAGCCCUGAAGCCAGCAAAAGCAGUCCCCAGCCCCCCUGUAAAAAACUAUGAACCUGCUAAGAGACUCAAUCAUUCUACAGUACUAGUAGGAGACUGUCUUUAUAUGUGGGGUGGGGAGAGAGAUGACCGUCUUAAAGAACACAAUAUUGAGAUAGAGAGAAGAGAUUCAUCAUUUGUGGAGGUACUUCACCUUCCGACUGGUAGGUGGGAGCAGAAACCUACCACUGGUGAUCCUCCACUGGGUAUCAUGAAGUAUGCAGCUGUUGCUAUUGGGAAUGAGAUAUUCUAUUAUGGAGGACGUUGUAGUCAUUUCCACUAUGAUGUUAAUGUUCUGUACAGUUUAAAUGUUGAUACUCUCAAAUGGAGGAAAGUUGUACCUACUAAUCCUGAGGAUGGUCCUAAGAGGAAGGAUAGUUGUGGUAUGAUUGCUGUAAAGAUUGAGGGAGAAGAUUACCUUGUAAUAAUUGAACCAGGAUCUAUUCAUUAUUUUAGAAUUGCUACAGGUCAGUGGAUCUCACCUAAAGUUACUGGAGAUGACAUUAGUAGAAUUUAUGAUUUUAAUUUGAUGUCAGUAGAUGAUACCAGUGCUAUUUUACUUGAAGAUCAUCAUGAUAAUAUAUCAGAUAACUAUGUUCAUCGUCUUACCUUUACUAAAGGAUCAGUGGUUUUUGAAUGCAUAUUUUAUGGAAGAAUGGUACUUGAUGCUCCAUGGUUUGUGCAUCCUAAUCGCAGUGUAUUACUGACUAGUCCUUCAGGACUAAAACUAUUGGCUAUUGGUGAUAGUCAAUGUGAGACAUUUGAUAUUAACAAAACUAAUUGGAAGAAGGUUGAUGUUCCUGAAUCAGUCAAAAAUAGAAAUGUUCAUUCUCUAUCAGUUUGGAAUGAAGAUACAACCAAUACUUGGAUAAUAGAGUUUGGAGAACACUGGGGUGGAGCAUCACUCAGUGAUACAGCAUUCCUUAAUAUCAGAUACACUGCAGGAGGUGAUAUUUCUGUGAGGACAUACUCACUGAGAGAGUAUCAAGAAGAAAUGGGAAAGAGAAGAAGAUCAGUUGAACAAGAGGUCAGUCAGAAAAGAGAAAGAAUAAUGGAAGAGAGACACCAGCAAGAGAUUCAACAAUUACACCUUCAAAUGGAAGAGAGAGACCAACAGGCCAGGGAAAGAGAGAGAGAAAUGGAGAAACAACUUCAAGAAAGAGAGAGAGAAUCACAAGAAAUAGAGAGACAACUUCGAGGAGAGUUACAACAAUUUGAACAAAGAGAGAGACAGCUCCAGGAAGAGGUUCAAGAGUUACGUACACAAAAUGAUGAGAGAGAGAAACAGUUUCAAGAGAGAGAGCAGGAACUUCAACAACAACUUGAACAAAGUGCACAACAACUUGAAGAGAAAGACCGUCAACUUGAGGAGCAGGAGUCAGCAUGGGUAGUGAAUGGAGAUGAAAUAAGAAUGACAGAGACAGUCCUUGGUAAUGGAGGCUAUGGUGAAGUUAGAGUAGCAACAUUCCGUGGACUAAGAGUAGCCGCAAAGAGUCUUCAUAGAGUAAUCCUCUCACCUUAU